AUGGCGAUGAGGCCCCCGCCACGCCGCAAGGCGCUACUCAUCGGCAUCAACUAUUUUGGCUCGGGACACCAAUUGCAAGGCUGCAUCGACGACGUCCGCAACGUACAAGAGUUCCUGGUCUCGCGCAAUUACAGCACGCAUCCGAGGGAUAUGGUCGUGCUCACGGACGACAGUGAUCCCCGGGGCCCGUACUUCCCGACCGGCCACAACAUCCUUGCCGCGAUGCGGUGGCUGGUGAGCGAGCCCGGUUGUUUGUGCUUUCUACACUAUAGUGGACAUGGAGGCCAGGUGCCUGAUAAUGGGGAUGGGAGGAGUGCGGACGGUUAUGACGAUACGAUUGUACCGGUCGACUUUGAAAGGAAUGGGCAGAUUCCGAGCGGCGUAUUGCACCGGGAAUUGGUGAGUCGGUUGGCGGACGGGUGUCUUUUGAGCAUUUUGUUCGAUUGUUGUCAUAGCGGCUCAGCAGUCGAGCUGCCAUUCGUGUAUAGGACGGACGACGACGGCAACGUCAGUUUGAUGGACAAUCUGAAGCAGGGAGUUGAAUUGAUUGGGGAGGCAAGACACUUGAUUCGAGGUGACUUCGCGUACGACUCCGAGGGAGAAGCGAGGCAUCUGUUGGCGGGAGCCACCAGUUUCUUUCGAUCAUUGAAACAUCAAUACGAGGGAGACGACGAAGAAGGCUUGCAAGAAAACAACAAUUACGACGACUGGGCACGGGAAGGGAAGAGCGUAUUCAUGUUCUCGGGGUGCAAGGACGAGCAGACCAGUGCUGAUGCAUUCAUCAAUGGGCGACAUGUUGGUGCCAUGUCUUGGGCGUUCUUGGAGACGAUGAAGACCGAUUAUUACUGGAAUAUUUCAUACGUCCAGAUUUUGCAAAAUACGAGGGGGCUAUUACAGGAGAAUUACUCACAGAUACCACAGUUGAGCUGCGGGUUCCAGGUCGAUCUCAACAGCCCUUUCAGGAUAUGA